AUGGUCCGAGUGGCAUUAAAACCGGGUAUGGAUCGACUCGAUAGUGUCGAAGGGCUGGAGACGGAACCGUGGAUAGGGAGUGUGGAAGGGACGAUAAGGCUGAGCAUCCUCCCUGUGUACGGUCUCGCAGACGGACGGUGCUGGAUCAUGCUCUCGGCAAGUGAGGUCGAGGAGGGAUCGCCCCGCAACCCGACCCUUACAACGAUGACUUCAUCCUGGAGCCGCUCUGUUCUUCGUACCAAGGGAGCCUGUCUUGUUCUUACUACAAACGCCAUCGGGCACCUACAGGACAGCGAACCAGGUGAUUUUGAGCUUUUCGCUGCGGGUUUUGUGAGGCUGCUGUUCGACCGUGUUACAGAGGUGCUAUGUACUCAGGCCCUUUCGCGGGUUCAGACCAUUGUACACCUGCCAGAGGCUUUGCGACAUGUUCACAGUUUCGGUGGAAAUCGUCGCAGUACUGGCUUCGGGGCACGUACGCGAAAUUCUCUGACCAAAGCAUGGAUGAUGAUUGAGAGAGGCUAUGACUGGGUGACCGGGGUUCUGUUGGUCGAUGACCGAAGUUCGGUGGUCAUGGUGCCAGUGCCCCUUCGCAGGUGUAGCGAACGGGGGGCAGGAAUCUCUGCUACCAUUCCGACUAUCUAUCUUCCGGUCGGAGACGAACGACAUACAUGGCGGGCCGAUCACUUAAAGAUCAACGAUGAAAAAGAUGCGGUGGGGUUAUCCGUCAACGGAGAAGGACGAAGGCAAAACAGGGUUAUGGAAGCGAUUGUCGGCAAUGCAGGCAGGUAUAUAGGUGAGGAAGGUGGCAUCCUUGUCAUCCUGAAAGACAAGGAAGGAACGUUGGUGGAUGCCACAGACGACGAUGUUGGACGGGAGCUUGAUGAGAAGGAUCACCUACCCAACAACAGCGGGAACGCGUUCGACGCUGUCAUCACGGCUCUGCAGAAGGAAAAGGUCCUUAUUUCUACUGGCCUAUCCAAGGGCCAGAAAUCGAAGAAAGUCGGUUACGGAUUUACAUCGUUGAAGUCUCUGUUUCUGUCCCACUCUCCCACUCCUAGCAGGAUAGUCGAGGCUUUGCGAACGGUCUGCACGCUCGUCAGUGGCACUUUGGAAAGUCUCGGAAUUCGGGGACAUAACAGUCUUUCGGUCCAAGUAAGCCAGGACGGCGAUCCCUCUGUCACGGCUUGCUUGUCGAAGAAUCUGGAUGGACCGCUGACUCCUUCCGACGCCGCUGUUCCCGUUACCGUGCUCCCGAGAGAAAAGAACAAAGAGGAUGCAAGCAACGUCAUGGAGCGCAUAGUUGCUAUCAUGAACGAUGAUGCUCGAAGAACAUUUACUUACGCGAUCACUAUUCGUGACGGGAAAAUGGCCCUUAGUCGGUUUUCUCGAUCCCAAGUCAUCCACUCUCUUCCGUUUGACUGGACUGAGUCCGCUGACAUUCUCGUCCAAGUCAUCAUCUCGCUUCUCACUGCUACCGACGAGCAGCUAGGAUACGACCCCUUCGUGACCAUGCUCCCGGACAGGAGUUAUGCUUACCAGCUACCUUCCGACAAGGAAGGAUCGACCCCACGAGUUAAGCAGGUCGUCUCUCCAACCGACCGGCGCCGUGUUGCUGGUACAUCUGACAGAGUCCUGAAGGACGUUUGGGUGGACUCCUGGUCGCGAACCGAGGCGGAAAUACAAGAGGACCUGUUCCGAGAUAUCUCGGCUGUUGUCCAGGACCGUGCAUCCUGGCGCAUGAAGCCGAUCUUUCAAGAUUUCCUCGAGCGCGACGUUGAGUCUCUCGCCGAAGCCUUGAAAGGCGAUAGGUUCAAACAGUACUUCUCGUGCAUUGUUGCCAAGUACGUCCGCCAGGUCGACGACCCCUCCACCUCAUCGAAUACACGUCGAUGUUUCUUUGUCUACGAGUCUGUCUGCACCCCUCUGCAUGAUAUAUCGACUUUCGGAGAAGUCGUUGAUAUACUCAGGCAGUGUUUGAUAGCACUUCGACUUAUGUUCUGCGCUGGAUGGGUCCAUCGCGAUAUCAGCACUGGAAAUAUACUCGCAUUUCGAUCGGGGCCCGACCAGCCAUGGCAGGUGAAACUUUCCGACCUGGAAUACUCCACGAGAUUCCCCGGUGCAAACCUUUCUGAAGACGAGCAGAUCAUGAUCCAAACGUCGCGUCAUUACUUCCCUGUCGAGUUCCGUAUGGGUAAACAAGUUGAUUAUCCUGACAUGCCUCUUGUAUACGGCUACCAACACGACCUGGAGAGCAUCUGGUGGAUCAUCCUGUGGUUUGCUACGACGCGGGUCGACCAAGACCUCUGCCGGGAGUUCGGGCGUCUGCAUUUCCAGCAGCCAAUGAGUCAGCAGUGCAUCGGUCGACGUCGUGGUCUGCUCAGGGAUCAAACCCACAUCUCUUCCACCCCAUCACUCCUCGAUUCGCUGCCAAAGGAACUCCUGGACUCCAACUUCCUCGACGAAUUCGAGCAGCUCAAGUACCAGAUCCAUGGCGAAUACAUCAUGCGUAACGCGGAAGGGAAGCAGGACGACAUUGGCACGUACUCGUAUGUCAUCAGCGAGUCCUUUACCCUUUUCUUCGAAGGUAUCGAGGAGUCCCGAGCGCUGUGGAAUGACCUCAAAUUAUCCACCUCGACCGAACAGCGACACGAAGGCGAACGCGAAGAACUGUCGCAACCGUACCACCCCCGACGAAAGAGAAGGGCAGACAAUGGGGAAGAGGGGGGUGUCCGGGUCGAACCGAAGGCUGCUGAGAAGAGGAGAAGAAAGGAUGAUCGACCUAAGGAAGACCGACCAAGGAAGAGGACCCGGGUCGUCGCCCCUGUCCCAGAGGUCCAAGCCCCUAUUCGAAGAUCAGGGCCUGUGACCAGAUCCAUGACCCGCGCAGCUCAAAACACCGGCCCCGUCACGAGAGCUGCUGCUCGCCGUAUGCGUCAGGCUGCCGCUUCAAAAAACAAGACGACCACCGCCACUACCAGCCAAUCGCGCCGUUAA